AUGACCAAAGAACAACGAUUGGAGCUUUGGAAUCAACAACAACAACAACGCGCCUUCGAGUUGCAGCGUGGUUUAUAUGGUCAGCUUGUCAGAAAUGGCCAACUCACCUCAGGACGGUCGGUUACCGCUGGGGAAGGAAUUGUGCUUAUGGGCCGAAAGGAUGUGAAUAGUGUCGCUUGCAUGACAAUUCCCCAAGAAACACACCUACUGGGUACAGACAGUCUAGCGGCGAUACAUAAAACUAGUUCAUCCUCGGCAGGUCUCUGCUCGGGCACCCGAAGUGCGGCGGGAACCUCAAAUAUACUAUUACGCUCGCAUAGCGGCUUCAUUUCACCGAUGUCCAUGCCUACCGGGACCGCGUAUGGGGGUCCAGCAAAAGCACUUAGUGAGACAAGAACUAUCUUCGGACUGCGACAGUCGAUGCAAAACAUCCUGGAAACUGUGAAUGAUCCGAGCGAACCGCGGGCUGGCAUUCGUCAACGGCAUCGCAAAGAAUUUGUUCGUACAUGGAGCCGAGAGAAAGUGAUAGUCACAGAAGUCCGUGUAGUAUCUCGGCCACCUUCAGCCGGCCCUUCGAGUACCCUUGGUUCGAGCUUUAAUAUUGCCUCGCAAAAUGAGUUCUCAGUUCCCAGCGAGGACGAUUUCGGACAGUCACUCGGAAACUGGACUGGAAGAGAAUUGCGUCAGCCUAGCCCCAAUUCGCCCACAGCCUCUAUGACUUCCUCUACAUUAGCCUCGGGGGCAUUUGGCCGUCUUGUUCCGAUUCGCGUUGAGGACCCGAGUCCAGAGCCCGGGACUCUGAAAGCUCCAAUCGAAGUGGUUAGUGCUCUUCCGGACAGCGAGCACACCAAAAUUUUAGAAACGUCGCUAAUAAGUGGUACAAUUUUGUAUUCUGCGGAAAACUCGGGCACUGCGAAACUUGGCCAAUUAUCCAGCUUCAAGAUGCAAAGUGGGAUCACCAGGUCUUUAGAAUCAAAUAAGGCUAUUGAUGUUCCUGUGCAAUGUGAAUCUACUUCUAGAAAGUUUGCAAAUGCCUCAAAGCGACCCACAAGUUUGCCACUAAAAAUGAAUAGGUUAGGAAGUACAGGUCUAAUUACGGCGCAGAUUCAAACUUCUGAUUAUUCACAGAAAUAUAAGUAA